AUGGCGUACGUAUCCUUGGCAUUUAGCUAUUUCGCCCUGGAGCUCGAGCUAUGGCGGAGGUGACUCUCCUCUCACUGCCGGCGAGUCCGUUUGCUAUGAGCGUGAAGAUGGCGCUGAUCGAGAAGGGGGUGGAGUUUGAGACGGUGGAGGAGAACUACCGGGCGAGCGGCAAGAGUGAAUUGCUCGUCAGGGUGAAUCCCGUGACCAAACAGGUGCCCGUUCUCCUCCACCGCGCCAAGCCCAUCUGGGAGUCGCUCGUCAUUCUCGAGUACGUCGAGGAGACUUGGAAGACGCAGGGCACUCACCUCCUCCCUGGCGAUGGCUACCAGCGGGCGUUGGCUCGCUUCUGGACGAACUUCGUCAUCACCAAAUUUUGGGAGACUGGAUUGCUGAUCAUGAAGCGAGUCGGAGACGAGCAGCUGAAAGCUCGAGAUCAAGUGCUGGAGAUGAUCCGUUUGAUGGACAGCGAAUGGAGCAAGCCCGAGUAUGGGAAGCCGUUUGUGUUUGGCGACAAGCUGAGCUUAGCGGACUUGGCCUUGGCUCCCAUUGCGUCGUGGAAGGUCACCUUCGAAACGCUCGGGAAGUUCGAGUUCCCGGACGCUCGGACUUGUCCUCGGAUGGCUCUCUGGCUGGAUGCAAUCGAGAAUCAUCCCACGGUGCAGUCGGCGAUUUUAGCACCGGAUCUGAACCUGGAAAACGCAAACGUCAUUCAGAAACUCAUCAAGGAUAACAAGAUCAAAUUCUAAAUAGGUUCUUUAGUACUUGAUCAAGUACUUGAAUAAAUUGCCAUCUUUGAGAACCUUACACAUAAAAA